GACACCAACAUCAUAUCUAUCUUUUUUUACCAGUCAGUGACAUUGAAAGCCCACCAGACAACUAUGAUGGUCAUGUGGACAUCGAACAGUUCUGGGAUGCUGUGACGAGAGAAAUGCUCAGCAGAGGUUUAAUUCCAUGUAAGUCAUGAACAAAGUCAAACCAGCUUUUAAGAAUAACAAUGUUUUGUCUCUGUUUGAGAUUAUGUGAUAUCAUUUUCUAAACAAAUUGCUUUACGCAACUAUUUCAAUAGUAGGUGAGAAGAACCCCUUUGUUGUUGCCCCGAGCUACCACCACUGGGCACCAUGGAUCGGUCCCCAAACCAGAUGCUCAGCACAUGUCCUGAACACUGAGUUUGAGAAGUUACAUACACCCAAACUGGAAAGCACUGAGGCUGAUGACCAGCUAAUAACUGAAGAGCGCCUGGUUGACAAAGUAUUAAACCUGAAGGUAAGUUUGAUGUGAAACAACUUAACUAAAUAUGUGUCUUUUAUGUGACACAAAACAUAAUUUCUCAAUAAUAAAUAAUAAAAAACAUGCAUUUUCCCAACAGGUAGAGGCAGUAAGGGCUCUUUGCAAAGCCUGUGGGUUGGAUAACAAGGGCUCAAAGACAGACCUUGUGGUCUGAUUACAGCAAAAAAUGUCCAAUAGGGUUACUUACAACAAAGUCUUUCAGAAGGUGUGGGGGGCUUCUGGUGAGUGAAAGAAUAUGUGAAUCCAAUACUUGUUUAAUUUAAUCUGACAAUAAUUUUGUUUGUGUAAAUUAGUCAAUCAGGCAUUUUUUCAGAGCGCAAAGAUGAAUAUUGUGAGAUUACUAACAAAACACUUCUGUUGUCUUGUAGGUGGCUUGGCUGUCAUCACUUGCCCGUGUGGCGUUGUGUACUCUGUAAAAUUCAAUCUCAGAGCAGAGAGCCCACGUGACUAUGUUGAUAUGCUGCUGUCAUGGAAACACUUCCCAAACAUUUCAGUCUAUGACUACGCGAGGGGAUUAGCAGUGCAUGCCAACAGAAGACAGCUGGACACGUUUGAACCAUUUCAGGGGAGGUUAUUGGAGCCAAGUGUGGAGAACAUUAAGCAGGCAUCAGAGGGCAAGCUUAAAGUUCAUAUGCCUUGGUUGAAGAACCCCAAGGUGCCAGAAGACAAAAAUGGCCACCCACUAACUGGCUCAUCGGAGCAUUAUGCUCUUAGUGAUGUCUUCCACCAGAGCAACAGUCAAGAUCCAAGUGAUGUCCUUAGAAAGAUCGGACUCGUGCCUGAGCUUGUUGGUCAAAUAAACAGACAGUGUGUAGAACAAUUGUUUUCAGGAAUGAGGAAAAAUAAUUAUUUCCUCAACAUGACCACACCCUCCAACCAUAUAAUUCUACAAAGAAAUAUUUUACACCAUCACAAUGUGGCGAGGAACCAGAAAACAAAGGAAGAAUUCUGCAAGAUUGUUCCUGCAAAUACUGAAAUGCAAUUGGAUAGCCAUGGCAAAAUGAUGGGUAAUCUAUCAAAUAAAUAUAAUAUAACAAUGUUUGGAAUUUCAAUGUUUCAGUUUCUUUAAAAAACAUUUAACAUUUAAUUCAACAGUCCUUCCCCCACAACCUGUACUGUGCACCAUGUCAUCAAGCCGCAGUAAUAACAGUGAGGAGCUACAAACGUCUACUGAUGACAGUGAGCUGGAUGACUUCACUAGUCUUCAGAAAAUAACACCGAGCAGAGCAUGCUGGGGACAGGAGCUUCUGGACAUACAGACACAGCAGUUAGAGGACAUCAUCGAUAAAAACAGAAGUCCAACCGAGCACAUUGCAUAUGUGAACAACUUAGUCCUCAGUCGAUCCGAUUUUUGGAGCAUAGGUUUGGGAUCAGAAGUGAAUGGGAUGAUCCUGAGCAGUUGUCUGAAAGUUAUUGAGAAGAAAGUAGCAAGUAUGUUUGCUGCAAGCAGUCAUGUUGUCGCUACUUGGAGUCCCCCAUUAUCGUUGAACCCCAUGCUUCAUUUGCCGGCAAAUGCAACUAGUCUGCAGUGGAUAGUUCUUCCGGUCUGGUUACCUGGACACUGGAACCUUUGUAUCCUCAAGCCACAAGCUAGGGAGAUUUUCUUCCUAGAUCCCCUCUGUGGCACUGGGUGGAGAGAUCAAAGUCGCACCAUACCAUUCAGAAACUUGGCUCAGAUCUUAGCCCCUGGGCCUUGGAAGACUCUUACUGUGGAUGAUCUUCAGGGUGCACCCAGGCAAGGUUUUUCCAACAACUGUGGGGUGUUUGUGUUGAUGUACGCAAUGUACAUUGUCAUGGAUGGAAGGUGGGACUUUGCUGAGUCAAACAUGAAGCAAAUACGGCGAUGGUGGUGCCUGGUUCUUUUGAAGAACUUCCCCAUGCCGUCUGCAGAGGAGCUUUCAGGAAGCAGGAAGAGAAGACGGGAGGGAAUAAAGCUAUUGGAUAAAGAUCUCUGCACAAAAAGGGCUAGAGUUGCUCCAACAGCAUCCAGCUCUGAAGGAUCAGACAAAACUGAAGACCAGGAACUGGAACCUGGGAACCUGGAAGAGGAUGUUGUCCUGAAGGACACAAUUCAGGCAGCAGCAUGGUGCCAGGUACAGUCCUUCAAGGACAGCGUCUCUCUCCCAGAGGUCCUUGGGAUGGAAGGUUGGGAGCAGAGGGCAGCAUCAGUACAGCGCAAAUCCCAUGACGGCGGGGAUGAGGAAGAAGCAUGGCAACCAUUCCGAUUCUCAUUCCAAUUACAAACUGACUAUGAACUCUUCUGUGUGUAGAUGAUGGACAGGAGAAACCUGAAGGUGUUUGCCUCUUUUGAGUCAAACACCUCUCCCCCUCCCCCCUCCCCGUGACGCCUGCGCCACACGACUCCAGUAGUCUGAUGAUGCAGCAUAAUGGUGGCGCUUGGCAGCUAUGGCGGCGGUGACGGCGAUGUCGGGCGACGAAGCGAGAGUGGCGUCCACCUCACUGAGGAAGGCGUCAGUGUG